GAGAUAUGUCUUUUAUAUUAGAGUAAAUAACAUGUUCUGAAUAUGAAAUGGAUAUCUCAUCAGCUUAGUAUAUAUGAGCUCUAAAUUUUAGCCGAAGAUCUCAUAACAGUUAUGCCUCAUUUCAUGUAGUAAACAUGAAAUAAUUUUGUUAAUGAGCUUGCUGUUGUAAUCUGGACAACUAAAACCCCGAUUUCACUAAAACGUGGCCUCGCUGUGACCUGAUGUUUGAAAGAGCGCUCAGCGCAUUUCAUAGAUAUAAAACGACGCUUUCUGUGAUAUUCUCAGUCAUCCCUUUAGUUUUUAGAUGAUAUUCCAAUUUGAUUAAUUCAGGUGCUGCAAAAUUUAAUAUUAUCUAUGUUGCAGCGAAAUCACCGUCUAAUUGAAUGAGUGUGUGGGAAGGGGCUAACUUGAAGACUGUGUACAUCCAUUGAACGUCAACAUACGCCCGAUUGUGACCCCAUUACACAGUAGUCUGUCGGUUCCCGUUUUGGCGUUGCCCUCUGACCUCAAUUUCUAAAAACAGACUCGUGGCGUUCAUGCUUCGUCCUCAGCAGAGAGACAUAAACAGAGGAUAGACCCAAUGGCGAUGACAAAGCUAGAGCCUCGCUUUGGAGAACCCGAGGACGAGAUCUCGUACAAUCAUGUUCACGGUGACCCCGACCUCCAGGUCAAAGUUCAAGACUGCACCUUCCACGUCCACAAGACGGUCCUGAUGGAAACGUCGGACUACUUCCGCGCCAUGUUGGAAAGCGGCAUGAGAGAAAGUCACGAAAACUCCGUCAAACUUCAAGGAUUCACAGCUGAAGCGUUCAAGAUCGUCCUAGACUUUCUGUACGAGUCAAAACCAAUCAAAAUGGACGAUAGACUCCACUGUGUUCUUGAGAUGGCGCAGUUUCUUCAGAUUGGGCCAGUUCUGGACUACAUCAAGAGUAAACUCAGCUGUGAGAACUGUGUCCAUCUGUACAUGCUGGCUGAUACUUAUGUCAUCAGCGAUCUGAAGGAAGCUGCAGCACAGCUGAUGGGGGACAACUAUCUGAAGUUUCUUCGCUCGGAAGUUUUCGAAGAGCUGAGGGAGGAACAGCGAGAAGAUGUUCGGAAGACUCGCUUCAGACACCAGAAGUUCCUGUGUGGUGUGAACACGGGGUAUGUGACGUGGCCUGAGCCAGGUCCGAGGGAAUUCAUGUAUUACGAUCACUGCAAGGAUGUGUGGAAAAUCUUCACAGAGAAGCCAGAACAGGCUUGUAGACGGGGGUGGGGCGUGGCUGCACUGGACAACUACAUCUACGUCAUAGGCGGUUACGGUAAACCUCGAUUCGGUCACCCUUCCGGCCUUGGUGACGUUCUAUCCGUGUGCUUCUGCUACGACCCUGUCAAAAACAAAUGGUCUCAGAUACGUUACCUUAACGAAGCAAGGGCUUACUUUGGAGCUGUGGCUCACGACAGGUCUGUUUACGCCAUCGGUGGUUUCCAGUACGACUAUACUGUAAAAUCUGUGGAGAGAUAUAUCCCUGAACAGGACAGGUGGGAGUUCAGACGGUCCUUACCUGGAGACUGGACUAACUACGAUCUAGCUGUCGUCUGCAAGGGAGACAUCUACGUCAACUCGGAAGACGAAGAGACGGAAAAGUUUGCGCUUCUGAAAUACGCGUCAAACAUCAACCAGUGGGAGAUUCUGUCUCCCCUGCCCAGAAAACGGGACAAGAACAGUAUGGUCGCGGUGGGAGAAACCAUCUACCUUCUUGGUGGAUUAGUUCCCGGAGUAGACUGCUUUAAUGUCACCACAGGACAAUGGUUUGUACUUGAAGACCAUCCGGCCACGGAAGCUAUUCACUACGAGAAGGGGUGUACAGAAAUGGACGGGACGAUCUACGUGUUAAACAGUGAUGACAUGGCAUGUUAUAUCCUGGAGGCGCAGACUUGGGUGCAGGGGUUGUCAGCCUUCCCAGGAGGGUGUAACGCUAACAAAGCAAUCGUCGUGCAUCUGCCACCUGAACGACAAGAUAGAUAGAAUAUCACUUUGCUAGCACUCAAAAUUAUGACAGUUGUGUUAUUGAAAGAUUUUCCUUUUUUUUCUGUCAGGAAAAUAUUCGUUAUAUCAUUUUCACGUCAAAGCCAUGCAGAUCGAAAACACUGUAGGAACAGUCAACAUCUCUCGGCGUUGAAUAGACAUUACUAUAUUUAGCAGCAGUACAGUAACAGUAAAAUUAUACAGUAAAAUCAUGCAUAUGAUGGUACUGGUGUUGCACGUCAAAAGCGAGAACUUGCGAUGCAUAUUUGCAUUACCACAAUGUAGUGUUGUAUACCAGUACAGAAAAUUCAGGUCCAUGUCAGGACCUGAACCUGGACCUCAUUGUCUGUGAAGACAACUGGCGGUAUAUACUCAAUAGAAUGGUCAAUUUUGCUACAAAGGGAAUCU